AUGAGAUCUGAGGACACAUCCCAGAAGCAGUCGGGUUUCUUUGUUGAAGCAGCAAAGGUCGAGGUCGAGCGACGGUUUAAUGAAGGAUUGCAGCUGUGGCGUCUCUCGCAGUCUCAAUAUGCUGCACUUUUCUGCGAGCAUCUCGUGCGGAUACGAUACUCUCAGCGCGCAUCCAAGGGCCCUGCAUUUUGCAUCCCCAGCGUACAAGAGCCAGCGGCCCUGCGUGCCUAUCGGCUUGACUGGAAGUACCAAGGUCGUACUUCGAUCUAUGCCAUUGAUCCAGGACCAGACCUGGUGACCGUGGAAUAUGAGCAGCUGUGUUGCGAGCCAGAGUCAUGGCCCGGCGUUGUCCACCUGCGGCGCAUCCAACAUCUGGAUGCAGUAUUCGCUCUCCUGGAGGACGAGAAAGCCAGCCUACGACACGACACUAUGGUUUCAUCACUCUUGUUGACUAUUGUCGCCGUUGCCGGGAUACUCAGUCUGCAUACUUUUGGAUACUAUCCGAGUACGCUAGAUGUUCGGACUUCGUUGCUUGUCGUCGCUCUCUUCUAUCUAGUGAUCAAGAUAUAUCAUGUUCUGAUCUACCCAUUUGCCGUUUCCCCUUUGCGCCACUUACCGACUCCAAAGUUUGCCGGUGACAGCCCAAAUGCCGCCCCGUUGGACUGGAUGAGACAGUUCCCGGACGCGGAUCUUAUCCGGCCCCUGAUGUUCGGGAACACUGAAGCUGUUCUAGUUAACAGUCCGAGGGCGUUACGAGAAGUCUCCCAGACGCACUGCUAUUCAUUCGUGAAACCUGGAUUCCUCUUCCGCACCGCCGGCUCAUUCGUCGGGGAGACUGGCAUCUUCUUCGCCGAGGGUGAUGUACAUAGGCAGCAACGGAGGAUUCUUGCAGGCCCCUUUCUCGUGGGAAACAUCAAGAAGCUACUUCCAGUCAUGGCGUCGAAGGGUGACCAGCUAUCCAAGAUAAUGGGAGCCCAGGUCUCCAACGAACAUGGCGUUGUUGUAGAAGUAUCUUCUUUUUUGGCAAAGGCAACCCUGGACGUCAUCGGUAAAACGGUUAUGGGCCUUGAGCUCGAUAGCCUCUCUAAAGGUUCUGAGUUCGACGAGCGGUACAGCGAUAUCAUGCUGGUAACCCCGAUAGAUCAGAUUAUGCUGGCUCUCGAUAACUGGUUUCCUGCCCGAAAGUGGAUCCCUAUCGAGGCCAACCGCCGCUUUCUGCACGGAAAUCAAGUAAUCAAGCAAAUGUUGGAAGAGCACGUUAAACAGCGGGCUUUCGCCCUCAGGGUUAAGUGUCCUACAGAAAAAGAUCUUCCCGGAGAUGAUCUUCUGACCCUUAUAAUCCGUGGAUACCUCGAUCGGGGCGAGUCCCUUUGCGAAGAUAAUCUUGUUUCACAGCUGCGAACAUUUAUGGUUGCAGGUCAUGAAUCGAGCUCUAAUGCAGUGAUGUGGUGUCUUCAUUUGCUCUCCAUCCACCCGAUUGUUCAGGAUCGCCUACGUUCAGCGAUCAAUGCCACCGUCGUUCAGGGACAGGACUACACCUACGAAGAAAUACAAUCCAUAGAUUACCUGGAUUGUUUCUUAAAGGAAGUUCUUCGUCUCUUCCCUCCAUUUGUCUCCGUACUCCGCUCUGCUACUGAGGAUGUCAGUAUAUGCGGCAAUGUUCUUCCAGCCGGAACACUGCUGAUGGUAUACCCUGCCGUUUCCCAAUUUAACCCUUCGAUAUGGGGCCCGAGUGUAAACGAAUUCAACCCUGACCGCUGGUACAACCUACCCGAAGCUGCCCAGGAUCCCUACGUGUUACAGACCUUCCACAGCGGACCACGAAUAUGUAUAGGGCGGGCUUUUGCUCUACUUGAGAUCAAAGUAUUCCUCGUCCACCUAAUACAGAAAUGGGUUUUUCACCCGGUUGAUAAGGUUAUCAAUAUUCCAAAAGCAGGAUUUGUAUUAAAGCCCACUGAUGGGCUUAACCUUAGGAUCACCCCGGUUCCUCUGUCAUAG